AUGUCAUACUCCUACACGGCAGAUUUAUUGCCGUUUCUGUCCAAGCACUUACCAGCCCAAGUGAAACUAGGGCCUCUGUUUAUCCUUCUCAUAAUCUUGACCUUUGUAACCAAGCAGCUCUUUGCUUCGUGGCAAUGGCACAGAAAGUACAAACUACCGAGUAGAGUCCCCGGUCUGCCACUCCUAGGAAAUACACUACAAGUCCAGUAUCCGGCAGGCAUGUGGUUCAAAGGGCUGGCGGAGAAGCAUGGUGAAAUGUUUACUAUGCAGCUCGGCAGCAAGACAUGGGUCUUUCUGAAUUCAUCCAGAGUGGUCGAAGACCUGCUGGAAAAGCGCUCUGCCAUCUACUCAUCACGCCCGCGAUUCCCCAUGGCACAGGAGCUCAUGUCCGGUAACAAUCGGUUCCUGCUUAUGCCUUACGGCGAACGAUGGAGGAAGAUCCGAAAGAUUAUGCAUCAGAUCCUGAGCACCCGGAGGUCUUCUAAUCUUGAUGAUCCUACACUUGUCGAGUUAUUCGACUCAGCCCAGACCUUUUUGUGCAACAUCGAGCCUGGAACGAACCCAGUUGAUCUGUUCCACUGGCUGGCUAGUCUCCCAUCGUGGAUGCAAUGGUGGCGCUCUUAUGGCAUGUCUGGGUUUGAGAACACAAGAAGGAUUUAUCUCCGAGAAGUCAACCUGAUCAAGCAAAAGAUCGCCGACGGGACAGCGAAACCAUGCUUUGCUGUUGACUAUUUGCAGGCCAAGGGGGACAUCAACACCGACGAUGACGAGCAGCUGUUUAUUUUCGGCACGCUUAUGGAGGCGGGAAGUGACACAUCACGUAUCGCCAUCGGCCAAUGCAUUGCUUGUGCAGCGAUCUAUCCCGAGUGGGUUAAAAAAGCCAGGGCAGAGAUGGAUGCCGUGUGUGGAAACGCCGAGCGACUCACCAGCUUCGAGGAUCGUGACAAGAUGCCUUACAUGACGGCAGCAGCCAAAGAAAUUCUCCGCUGGCGACCCUUCAUCCAAGGUGGCACACCUCGAGAGCUGAUCCAAGACGAUGAAUAUGAGGACUACAAGUUUCCAGCUGGCACUGUCUUCACAUGGAACCCGUGGGCGAUUGCUCUGAACCCGAAGGAAUAUGACGAUCCUUUAACUUUCAAGCCAGAGCGGUUCCUUAACGAUGAUCUCAAGAACCCACUCAAGGGCCGCCGAGUAUGCGCUGGAUGGAAUGUCGGUGACACAAACGUGUGGAUAGCCAGUGCACGCUUGACAUACUGCUUCGACUUUGAGCAGGUUCAGGGCCAACCGAUUGACACCUUCAACACCACCUGGGAGGUCCACAACCAUCCGGCAUUCCCCAUUGAGAUCAAGCCCCGCAGCCCAGAGCAUGCUGCCCUCAUCGAACGUGCAUUCGCGGAGAUUGUUGAGGACUGA